AUGCAACAUGUGCGUCUGAAACGAUUCGCGAAGUCGUGUCUCGCGUCCGUUCGACCGAAGUUUCCCGACCGGAAGAAUAAUGCCCGACUCGACGAUCCGGAGCGGAUCGGAGCGAUUUUCCCGCUCAAAGAGUGGGACUGCGAAAGCCCGCUCAAGGAGUACUUCCCCAUACAGGAUUGGCUCCUCUUCCACGGCAGCUCACCAGACAACAAAACUAGAUUGAUUGUCUUCUUCGAGAGGACAUCGCAUCAGUUGGCAGUUUUUUGGAUCGUGCUAGAGAUUCGCGGAUCCAUCCUGAUCUCGAAGGAGACUUACCAUGCGGAUUACAGUAAAGGGAGCACUUUCUGCGCGGGAGGGUUGCGACUCGUGGUCGACGCUCCUCUCCGCCGAUGGAGUUUGUCGUUCAAUGGACUCAUGGUGGACCAAACCCGUCUCCAAGACGUCCACGUCAGGAUCGCGGCCAGAUUCGCAGCGUUCACUAAGCCCUUCGAGUUCCCGAGAGACAUCGGACCUUCGAAAUUCGCGCGGCGAUAUGAGAGCUCAGGCAAACCGAUCCGCCGAAUCCGCGAGGACAUGAGGGGGUGA